GCUAUCGCCCACCCCGCGUUUCCAUUUCUUUAAGAACGGGAUGUCCGACUUGUGUUGCGAAGGAACCCCAACCCCAGGUUAACACUUUGCAUUGCUGCCAAUGGAAAGCCGUGAUGAUGACGGCUCGGGCAGUCCCGACGAAAACAGCCGUCUGCGACGUGAGCAUUUCCGUGCCGCCGCAUCGAUGCCUGUUCCUCAGGCAGGGAACUCAGACAUCCAAGUUCCCCUUUCGUUCCGUGCCUCAGGCAUGACGUCUCAGCCACUGAGGCCUGCCCCAUGGACACGCCGUCCGCAACCCAUCAACACUCACGCUCUCCGACCCGACGAGUUCGUAACCGACACCACGUUCCUCACACCACCACCAGAUAGUAAUGGGGUUACGCUAAAUCGGACACUUAUCAGCCCUCGCUGGCCACAAACCUUCGUCCUCGCCUCGGUGGCCGGCGCCGUGGCCCACAGCAUCCAGGCCCUACCAGCGACUGAAAGACGGACUUUCCUGACCCCGAAGGGUCGAAUAACGUGCACGCGCCGCGCUCUUCUUGGGUUCGAGCUUGGACAACCCGGCUUCGGACCCUUUUAUUCCGUUUGGGUCUACGUCCUCGAGGACGAGGCCCAUGGGUACCUAGGGGUUAACAUGAUUAUUGGGCGUCUGUUCAUUGAGUGGUGCAGACGCCGUUUCGACCCUGAGUGGCCUUGGUUUGGCCACUCGUACGUUCAUGAUGUGCCAGCGCCGAACUUUGAUAUCGGUAUGGCCGUCGACUAUCCGUAUCCGUCCUUCGAUUAAGAACAUGUUGUGUUCCGAAGGACGACGAGAGACAUAGGAACCCGGGAAACG